UGUCUACUUCCUGCUUCUGUGAGCAUCACCAUGUCAACGGCUGUUUACCUGGCAGGGGCGGCGUCUUUGUGUAACUGCGCUGAAUCCAGUAACAGUAACGGUGGGCAGACGUCAGGGUGGGAUCUCAGCCCGGAGGCCCUCCUCCGAGGUCAGAGACCCCAGACCCCAGACCCCAGGAGGAGCUGCUGGUGUCCCUAUCCCAGAGGUCUUGAGUUUCAGCUUGUUUGGCACCCUUCUUCCUAAAAUUUAAAUUAAAAAAAUUCCCAAAACUUGUCUUCAUUCCUCCUCCGGCUAGUUACAGCAAUUGCUACUUCCCUAAUUUAGGGUGUCCUAACACCCCUCCCUCUCUCCUACAGUUAUCUAUUUAACUUUAUAUCUAUUUAAGUUCUUUAUAUUAAAUUUGCCCUCUCAAAUAUUUAGCCAGGAAGGCUGCUUUGUUCGGGGCAGGUGGUGGGGAGGGUUGUGUUCAGGAGAGAAAUAGUGGCAAACGGUAUAAGCAGUUUUGAAGAAGCCAUUUCCGCCCCCCUGUAUUGCCCAAGCCACCCCUGGGGCUCUUGCUGAAGUCUCAACAGCCCAAAACAUUAAUCCAGUCCCUCCACCACCAAGACCCUAGACUCCCAGACAUUAGUGAGUGAGGUCUACAAUCUGGAACCCUGUGGUUAUUUUCUACAACUCACAGAUUAUUAACAACAAUGAAUGACAGGAGCAGGAAACUGGAAGGUGAUAGAGCCACCUGCUGCUCUCUACUUCGCAGAGACUGAGGAGGAGCCUGAGACUGUUCGUGGACAUCCUGUGAAUAUCAGGAAACAUUUUGGAGGGGUUAGAAGAAGGGGAUGUGGCAUUCACAUGUGUGCUUCCAUGGAUUCCAGUCCAUCUUCUCUUGGAAACAAUCAUACCCUGGCAAGUGACCUUUCCUAAGCAAGAACAAAGGUGUUAAAAAGGCUUCCAUCCUCUACUUGCUUUCCUGUGCCCAAACUCCACUGGUUUCUCAUUCCAUGAAGAUGAUUUGGUGGAAGAAGCGCUGCCGGCAGCAUUACCUGUGGGCCCUGGGCUGCUAUGUGCUGCUGGCUGUUGUUGCUCUGAGAUUUUCUCUUAGAUUGAAAUGUGACUUUGACUCCCUGGAUCUGGAGUCCAGAGAUUUUCGAAGCCAGCACUGUAGGGACAUCUUGUACCAGUCGCUGAAGUUGCCAGCAAAGAGAUCCAUCAACUGUUCUAGGAUCAUCCGAGGGGACUGGCAAGCAGUGUCGGAGGCUCUCCUGGACAACCUGGAGGUCAAGAAGAAGCGGAAGCCUUUAACAGACACGGACUACCUUAACAUGACCCGAGACUGUGAGCACUUUAAGGCCAAAAGGAAGUUCAUACGGUUCCCUCUGAGCAAAGAAGAGUUAGACUUCCCAAUUGCAUACUCUAUGGUGGUCCAUGAGAAGAUAGAAAACUUUGAAAGACUGCUGCGAGCUUUGUAUGCUCCUCAGAACAUAUACUGUGUCCAUGUGGAUGAGAAAUCCCCAGAAACUUUCAAAGAGGCAGUCAAGGCGAUUAUUUCAUGCUUCCCAAAUGUCUUCAUAGCCAGUAAGUUGGUUCGGGUGGUUUAUGCCUCCUGGUCCAGGGUGCAGGCUGACCUGAACUGUAUGGAAGACUUGCUCCGGAGCUCAGUGCCAUGGAAAUACUUACUAAAUACAUGUGGGACAGACUUUCCUAUAAAGACCAAUGCGGAGAUAGUCCUGGCCCUCAAGAUGUUGAAUGGGAAGAAUAGUAUGGAGUCAGAAAAACCUACUGAGUACAAGAAGUCUCGCUGGAAAUAUCACUAUGAGGUAACAGACACAUUGUACAUAACCAGCAAGAUGAAGGAUCCUCCUCCUGAGAAUAUACCUAUAUUCACAGGGAAUGCCUAUAUUGUGGCUUCUCGAGACUUCGUCCGACAUGUCUUAGAGAACCCCAAGUCUCGAAGACUGAUUGAAUGGGUAAAGGACACCUAUAGCCCCGAUGAGCAUCUAUGGGCUACCCUUCAGCGUGCACCAUGGAUGCCCGGUUCUAUUCCUUACCAUCCCAAGUUUCACAUCUCAGACAUGAUAGCCAUUGCCAGGCUGGUCAAGUGGCAAAGCCAUGAGGGAGACAUCAGUAUGGGGGCACCUUAUGCCCCUUGCUCUGGAAUCCACCAGCGGUCUAUCUGUAUUUAUGGGAUUGGGGACCUGCACUGGAUUCUUCAAAACCAUCACCUGUUGGCCAACAAGUUUGACCCAAAGGUGGAUGACAAUGUUCUUCAGUGCUUAGAAGAGUACUUACGUUAUAAGGCCAUCUAUGGGACUGAACUCUGAGAUAUCCCAUCAUAAUAUUGCUACCUGUGGGACAGGAACAUAUGCAGACAUGCCCAGGGGGUGCUGGGACAGUAGGGUGGGGUGGGGCUCUAAAAUCUUUGGGAUCCCCAAGUCAGGGGGCUGCUAUGGGGGUGCGGGUAAGUAGAUCUCCUGCCUUAUUACUUGCUGUCCUGGGUGAACACUGGGUGUGCACUCACCUCACUCCUAAUAGCUCUCCCACUGAUGUUCUCACAGAGUGAGAGUCAGAAUCAAACCAGCGAUUUGGGAGAGUAAGGGGAGGGUAGUGUGGCAGGGGACCCUGGAUUUCAGUUGAAUGCUUGGUGUCUGCUUUUCUACUCUGUGUGAACGCUGGUUCUAAUAAUUCUAGGCUUUGGUAGUGGGGAUGGGGUGGGACUUAGUGGAAAGAGGGCCUUUGGGUACUAUUAACUUAAAAAUAAAUAGCUCUUGAUUCAAAGUCCUUACUUCUAUUUUUUGUCUAGCAAGCCAGAAAUAAGAUAAAAGUAACUAUUUGUGACAUUUAAAAUCCCUGGUGUCUGGCAAGAGAAUCUCCAUUAUUCCAAAGUGAUCACGGCAGGGUAUGCAAAUAGCAUAUUCAAAAGAAUAUAGAGGAACAGAAUUGAAUCUUUCAUUAUUAAAAGCCCUCCUCAUUUUGUUUACACUGACAGAUUCAUGACUUCCCCAUAAGGGAAAAAGCAGGACAAUUUAACCAAUUUGACCACUCAUAUCCUCAUGGGUCAGUUACAGCAUUAAUUUUGCCAGCUUCACAGCCAAAGCUUAAUGUCACAUUAGAAAGAUAAUAGCGAUUUAGGCAAGGCCAUCAUAGAAUUUAUUGUCCAAACUGGAACACAUUUUAAUGGGGAAGAGGGAUACCACACUAUUAAUAAUUAGGUUGGGAAACAAGCAUGAACUAGGACUGCCUAGCAAAAUCAGGAAGUCUGGGUAUUCCAAGUUAGACCUUGUUAGUCAAAACUCUUAUUUAAGUAUAUGAAUGGAAUGGUCGGUAUUUGUAGUUCUGUGAUUUAUACAUUUCCUUGUGGGGAGACAAUUGUGUGUGUGUGUAUUCCCUCCCACCCCCAAUAAAUGUUGCCCAGUGAAAUAUUUCUUUCUGAAGCUCCAGAGAUGAAUGUUAAACAAUUGGAAGGCAAUUGGCUAUUCGUCGUACUCCUCUGUGAUGGGCAAGGGAUGUUAUAUAAAAAGAGAGGCAUAUCUUAUACAUAGUGCAGCUAUUCUUCUGCUUAUGGUAUGCUGUGGAAGAGGGAUUUAUACACAAGUUAAUGUAACUUGAAUGAUCCUGUGAUGUCAUGAUGUCACUAAUGUGUCCAUCUCUGAUUCAUUUAAGUUCUCUCUCACAAUCAACUUUUCCUGCAACUCAGUGACACAGUGAAUUUUCUAAUUAUAAGUUACUUUUUUGUAGGGUUGUACUCCUUUGGUAAUGGGCCUUGACCACCCCACCUUACCUACAUUGCAAUAUUGAGUCCUCUUCACCUUGCUCCCAACCCCACCAGAGAUGACCGAUGAGUAGCCAUGUGCCCAGCAGAUGAGCCCUGUGAGGUCUGUUCCUAGCAGUGCUGAUCAUGGACCUCUCUAUUAGCCUUUGUGACUGUCCUUGUUCCUCCUCUGAGGGGGCUGUGGGAUGUGGGCAGAAAAGCCCCCCUUAGUGCAUGUGAAAAAGAACUCGGGUCUUUGGUCUCAUGGUCAACUUCCUCUGUAAUUUAUCAUGUGAAAUAAAUUAUAAUUCUUAAAGAUAA